AUGGCCGAUGGUAUUGAUCUGUCUCUAUUAAAAGGAACUCCCCUUCAGAGAGAACAGACUUCAUCUGCGCUGCUCAAUGGCCUCAAGACACGAGGAGGUGUCAAGCUCAAGAAUCAUGGUCUCUCUGACAAGCUGGUGUAUGAUCUUUUUGACUGGGCGAGUGCAAGAUUUUUUAUCAUUGACCCAAUUUGUCUUCUGACCAUGGUUGACUCUUCUGUGAAGACACGCAAGUUCUUUGCCCUGCCUUAUGAAGACAAGAUGAUUGCCAAGCACCCUCCCAUGGCAAAUCCCAACCGCGGAUAUUGCUAUGUUGGACAGGAAUCCAUUUCAACAAUCAGUGGUUAUGAAAAAGGCCUUCCGCAGGACAAGUUUGUUCGUGACAUUAAGGAAACAGUCGACUUCGGUUCCCCCCGUGAUACGCUGGUGGACAAUAUCUGGGUACCAGAGGAGAAACUUCCAGGUUUCCGCAAGUUUAUGGAAGACUUUUACGAAACAUGUUUCAAGCUCGAGCUCGAGAUUCUUGCUGCACUUGCCAAAGCCCUCGGUGUCGACGAGCAACAAAUGGUGACCCUGCACAACAAAGCUGAGAACGAGUUCCGCAUUCUCCACUACCCAGAGGUUUCCGCAUCGGAAUUAGCCGAUGGAACUGCAACACGCAUCGCAGAGCACACGGACUUUGGCAGCAUCACAAUGCUUUUCCAAGAUUCUGUUGGUGGCCUUCAGGUCGAGGACCAGCAGAAUCCGGGUGUCUUCCGUGGAAUUGAGUCGGCGGAUAAGACAGAGAUCAUUCUCAACAUUGGUGACUCGAUGCAGCGUCUGACAAACGAUACCUUCCGCGCUGCAUGUCACCGCGUCACAUAUCCACCUUCGGUUAAAACGGGUGUAGACGAGGCCGUGAUCCCCGAGCGAUUCUCCAUUGCAUACUUUGCUAAGCCUAACCGCACAGCAUCGUUAUUUCCUUUCAAAGAGUUUAUUACGCCUUCAACACCUUGCCGGUAUGAUGAUUUGAAUGCAUGGGAUUAUCAAAAUCUUCGAAUCUCUAAACUCUUCAGAUAG